AAUUUCAUUGAUUAUUAAUUUCUGACUCAAAGAAAAUAAGAAAAAAUAAAGAGAUUAGUAUACAUAAAUAGAUUAGGAUAAGAAAGAAUUUUUUAAAUGCAGAAGAUACGCAGUUAGAAAUCUUUAAAGAAUUUUUAUAUAAGGCCCACUACUGGAGUAGGGAGCAAGGGAGCAUUUUCAGUAGAAAAGAGAGAGAAUACUUCUAACAGAGAUUUAAAAAAUAUCAAUUAGCUUUUACAAGCUAAUGGCAGUAAUAAUGUGCUUUUUUAAGUAAAUAGCUAUGGAUUUAAAUCUACACAGUAAUAAAGCAAUAAUAAUUAAGAUUAGCAGGAAUAGAUUAUACCUCUAAUGACAAAAAGCGAGGCUCUGAAUAGUAAAAGAUAAACAUACCCAAAUACAGAAUAUGCAGUCUCAAAAAAUAUUUAAGAUGACUUUCGUAUUUUAGUUAAGCAUAAAGUUUUUUAAGGGAAUUCUUUAAGUGGUAAUACUUAAAUCAAUUCUAGGAAUAACAUUCAAAAUAACUAAAACUUUUCACAAAAAAAUUCACCUACUUAAGGUCAGCUGCAGUCUUAGUAUCGCAUCAACAAGCAUAAUACAUAAGAGGAAAUAAAGUAUUAAAAUCCUUUUUCUGAUGAAAAUAAAAGAGAUCAUGUUUACUCUUCAAAAGGAGGAUAUUCUCAUAUAUAAUCUCCAAGCUCUCGAAAUAUGAAUAAAUUUAAUAACAAUCAAGUAGCAGAAAAGUAACCAACAAAUAACCAAGAAAUGCCAUUUGAAGAUGACAUAAGUGAAGUUAAACCAAAAGAUAUUAAAUAAAAAGAUGGAGAAUAUUAAAAUGAAAAAAAUCAAAGGGAAGAUGAUAGUUUUAGUGAGAGCAAAGAAGAUAACGAACAAGAAUAACUCUCUGAAAUAAGGAUUAAAGAGGAGAACAACAAUUUUGAAGAUUCUAUGAAUGAUAUAUAGGAAUUAGCUACGAGCGGAUUUGAUUUAACUGCUUUUAGAGAAGAACUUUAAUAAACCAGAUCACCUAAAUAAAAAUUCAUUUCAUCACUCAGUCAACCAUAGAUGCCCACAAUAAGCGAAAAGAAUUAAGUAACUAAGACUAAAUUGCCUGUAGAUUCAUAUGAUAAUUCAGAUACAAAUAAUACUGAUGCAAAGAGAUUUUCAAGUCUUCAAAAAAGCUAAAAAAAUGGGAGCACAAACUAAUAUAAUUUUACACAAUCAAAGCUAUCUGAACAGCGAGAUGAAACAAUACCUAGCAUUCAUUAAGGAACAGCAAGCUUAUAAAAUUUCAUGAAUAUAAAUAACUCAAAAGAAAACAAUAUAUAAUUUAUUAACUUGAACUAAUAAAACUAAGAAAGCAAGAUAUCUCGCCCUAUCACUUCUUAAAAUAAUGUAUCUAGGGUAAAAAAUAUUUAGAUGUAAAUUAAGUAAAAUAACUUUAAGUCAACUUCGAAUAAUUUUUAUGAGCUCUUCGCCAAUAAUUAUAAAUAAAGUAAUUAAAAUACAUAUAAUAACUAACUGCUAUCAUCUAUCCCUCUGAAAUAAUAAUCAAAAAUACCCUUUUUCCAUAAUUACUAUAGAAAUGAAUAGAUAAAAAACCUAUAACAGUCAAAUACCUUUUUUGUAAAGAAGGCACAAAUAUUUUCAUUCUCAAUAAAGCAUAACAAUUUGAUGAGCAGAUAAGGAUAAAGAAAGGAUUCAAUAAAUUCUUAACCUUCAAACACUAUGGCUUCCCAAAUUCAAUAACAACUAGUUUAGGGUAUAAACAAUAGUAACAAUAAAAAUAAAUUACUUUCAAUUGCAAACACAAAUUCCAAGUAAUAAUGA